AUGCUUCUGACCAUAGCACUGUUGGCUGCUAUAUCUGCUGCCCCGCAGGAAUACAACCUACCAAAUUCCUCCGGGCCAUCCAUUAACUCAGGGGGUUGUGAUGGCGGACAAAUUCAACACGUGGAUGGCAGCUGUGUCACACCUCAAGUGAACAGUCGUGUGUUCUUGUAUGAUGUGCCACCAAAUCAAGCUUCUUCCAGUCGGCCAGCGAAUGUACCAAAACCUAAACUCGAACGAAAUAUUGUUUUCGUCAGACUUCCUGAUGGUGCUCAAGGACCAGAACCCAUCGUCGUUCCUCCUCCAAGGCAACAACACGUCUUGCUCGUCCUUAACAAGCAGUCGGAACAAGGUCAACAAGUGAUCGAGGUGCCAGCGCCACCACCAGCGGAUCCCGAAGUGUUCUUCGUGAACUACGCAGAAGGAGAGAAUCCAACUCUUCCUGGUGGAGUAGACCUCCAAACGGCUCUGAGUGCUGCCUCACAAGGUGACGGUCAAGUUGUGGGAGGUGGUGGUAUUGGAGGCCGUAUUGGAGGUGGAAUCGGUGGCGGUAUUGGAGGCGGAAGUGGAGGUGGUAUCGGAGGUGGUAUUGGAGGUGGAAGUGGAGGUGGCAACGCCGGCGGAAACAACAGUCCCACUGUGCCUUCCACCCUUUAUAGUGGGCCAUAG